AUGAAGUCAUUCUUCUCGCGUGUCGUGAACGCGUGGAAGACGCAGCGGCUGCCGCGGUCGGAGGUGGACUGCUCGGACUUUGUGCGGGCGCGGCCCGCGGCCCCCGGCGUCGUCCGGCUGCGCCAAGUCGUGCAGGAGCGCCGCUUUGGGGCGGCGGAGGCCCCGCCGGCCGCAGGCUCCGCCGCGGCGCUGCGCCGGGAGGCGGAGGUGCGGGGCACCGUCUUCGACCUGCAGUACCGCUGCGGCGGGGCGGGCCGCUGCGUUGAGAACGACUACCGCUGCCGCUUCCCCUGCUGCUUUGCGAUGCGACCGGUGACGAAGGGGGCGGAGGUGCUCGCCGAGCGCCUCGCGUACGAGGUGGACGACGCCCCCACGCCGCAGAUACGCGCGCUCGUGCGGCUCGCCCGGGAGGAGCAACUGGAGGCGGCCAUCGCGGGCAUCCAACAGCUCGCCAGCGCGGAGAUCCGGGCGGCGGCGGGCGGGCGGGUGCUGCUGGCGGCACUGCAGCCGACGCAGGCGCAGCAGCAGGCGCAGCAGCUCGGCGUCGACGACUUCAACCCCGCCGCCGCCAAGUACGGCGCAACGAGCGCCGCGGAGGGCGCGAACCCGCUCGCCGAGAGCGAGUCUCUGCGCGGGGAGGUCGCCGCCCUCUACCUCUGGCGCGCCGCGCUGCUGGUGAACGUGCGGGCCGACGAGCGGGCGGUGAACUCGCUGCUCAACCUCGCGGCGCUGGUGCCGGAGGAGAGUCGCGAGCGCCUGUACACCGCCGCCGCCGCCUGGGCCGCGCUGAACGACAUGGAGAUUGUCUACUACCGCUCGCUGCUGCAGCAGUACGAGGCCUUCCCGGCGGCGCAGGCCUUUGCCCACGAACGCCCGUUGCUGCUGCGGCGCGUGUUUGAGGCGUGUGGGGAGUCGGCGUACUUCGUGGCGUGCGCGACGCACGUCGUCUUCGCGAAGGAGGUCACCGCGACGGUCUCCCGCGCGCAGGGGGCGCAGAUGUACGGCGACCUCACGGAGGACCCGAUGCGGAGCAUGUGCCUCCCGCUCGCCAUGCGCUACUACCGCUUUCACGUCAGUGACGCCUUCUGGGAGCAGUUCAUGCAGCUGCUCUGCAUGCCGCCGGUGCCGGCGCCCGCCACCGCCGAGGAGCGCGCCCGCGACCGCGCCGAGCAGCUGGGGCUGACGCCGAACUACAUGCUGGACGCCAUCGGCCGCUCCAUGAUGCUGCACCACCUCGUCAUGCUGCACGAGGCACGCGAGCGUGACAUCGCCAGCGGCGCCGUCGCCGAGGCCGUGGGGCAGACGAAGGCGGAAGGGGGCGAGGCGGCCGGCGUGCACCCGUCGCGCUACGAACGCGUCCUCAGCGAGCGCGAGCGCGGGGUUGCCGUCGCGCGACUGCGUGAGUUGCUUGCCCUCGCGCGCUCCUACCAGCACCAGGAGAAGCCGCUGGACGACGUCGACGGCGGCGCAAAGGGACGCAUCGCGCCUGAGGCGGAGGCGGCGGCUCCCGCCGGCACUGCCCCGACCCACUAG